AUGGUGUUGAUCGUCACCCGAGAGCCAAUCAUCUGGUGCGUAAUUCCGUUUUUUAUAGUUGAGGCGCAGAACCAGAGGCCCCUGCUAACCAAGUCCCUAGCCAGCCCGGAAAAGGAUCCAGAAAUGGACAAUUUAUCACGUGAAAUAGCGAGUAGAUUCAUUGGUCAGAUGCAGAUAGAAAGUGCAUUAGGCCCGGACCUAUUCACUCCUCUAUCCGAAGCCUGGUCCAACAUUAUCAGGGUCGGAAUUAUCACUAAAAGAGAUGGGUACCAGGUGGACAUUCAGACUCAGCCGGGAACUGGACUCUGUGCUCUUGGACAAGUUUUUUCAGACCUGUUGAGAAAAGAAAUUGAUAAAGACUUUGACCUAGAUUUCACCAAACUUACUACAACUCUGGCCUGCCCAGCAGUUAAAUAUGGCUUCCUUUACACAAAGAUCUUGGAGAGACAAAAAUUCUUAGCAUUGGACAAAUUUUAUAGUAAUUACGAAGCUAAAAUGACCUUAGCCCCCCUGUUAGCUGCAGAUCUCAAUUGGUGGAUCAAUAACAUGAACAGUACUUCCAGCACAAUCAGAGACGACUACUACGAGUUGGAAAUUUAUUCAGAUGCAUCUCGUUCGGGUUGGGGUGCCGCUUGGGAAAAGAAAAAGACCCGUGGAUGGUGGAAUUCGGUAGAGAAAAAUUAUCACAUUAAUUUUCUCGAAUUAAAGGCAGCCUUUUACGGGUCGAAGUGCUUUGCGAAAGAUCUCAAGUCAUGCCAGAUACUUUUAAGAAUCGAUAACACCACUGCUAUUUCUUACAUUAACAAGAUGGGUAGCAUUCAAUUCCCAAACCUGUCGACUCUGAGCAGGGAAAUAUGGCAGUGGUGCGAAAAGAAAAACAUUUGGAUUUUCGCAUCUCACAUUAGUUCGAGCCAAAAUUUUAUUGCCGAUAAAGAGUCAAGAAUUUUAUCGGAAGAGACUGAGUGGGAGUUGGCGGAUUAUGCAUUUAGGAAAACAAUCUUUUCCAACAUGACGCUCACUUUCCCUGGUAGCGACCAGAUUAUCAGGAAAGCCUUCCUCCUCCAAGAUGUACCGAGAUCGGCCCUGGAUACUACUAUGGCCUCCUUAAGCCAGGCAACAUUAAAGCAAUACGAGAGGCCAGUCUCACUUUGGUGGAAAUUUUGUCAAGAUACACAAGUUUCGGUUUUCUCUCCACCUCGAAGAUCGGUGUUGGAAUUCUUGACAAUAUGUACAUCAAACUUAGGUUCUUACAGUUCGUUAAAUACAUAUCGUUCUGCCGUUUCCUUGAUAACCAUGACUAACGUAGGCCAGGAUCAGUUUGUAAAAAGAUUUAUGAAAGGAUUUGCAACUCAAAAACCAUCCAGACCCAAGUAUAACAAAACCUGGGAUCCAAGUAAAGUCCUGGACCACAUUUCUCGAUUUUACCCAAAUUCAGAAUUAUCAUUCGAGAAAUUAUCCAAAAAAUUGGUUGUUCUUUUAGCUCUUAUUACAGCUCAAAGAGUUCACACAUUGUCUCUUAUAAGAGUCGAGAACAUUCGGUUUUUAGAGGAUGAAAUACGGAUCGAAAUCCCUGAUAGAAUUAAGACUUCAGGCAUGAAUCGUAAUCAACCCCGGUUGAUCAUUCCGGCAUUUAAGGAGAAACUUCAGCUUUGUCCAGUACAAACCCUACGUGACUAUUUAGAUAGAUCAAAAGCCCUUAGUUCGCCCAGGGAUCCUUUUCUGAUUGUCAUUACUAAAGCGCCUUAUACUCAUGCCUCUUCUCAAACGAUUCGCCACUGGAUUAAAAAAGUCCUCAACGACAGUGGCAUUGACAGGACCUUUGCGGCCCAUAGUAGUAGACAUGCCUCUACAUCAGCGGCUGCACGCCAAGGUUUAAAUAUGGAAACAAUUUAUAGAACAGCAGGCUAG